GUAUGUAAAAGAGGCCUGAAGAUGCAAAAAAAGAAGAGUAGUUAUUCAUAUACUUAUAGAAAUCAUAUGCAGAUUCAUAAAAAGUAUUGUUUCUUAUAUAUUUUAAUAGGGAAUACCAAAUUCAAUGAAUAAAAUCAUUGAAGAAGUUUGCCGAAAGAAUAAAGACAUACCAUAAAUAGGUUUGUGGGUUGAAUUAUUUAAUCGGCUCUUGCUUUAAUUGCAACGCAAUGGCAAUGAUGCCAAAAUGGUCAUCGAUAUAGUAUUGUAUAAAAUACCAUGGUUCACUUCUGACAAUCAUUUCUAAGUCUUACCUUAAUUCAAAAAGAUUUUGUUCACUAUUCUGUCUAUGUCUACAUCGUAACUAGUUACUAUCUAUCGUUUUUUGGUAUAAAAGUUGAGUCUUCAAAUGUACAUGCACUAUUUAACUAUUCAGGCUAAUCGAUUCAGAAUAGACCAGAGAUGAUAUUCCAUGUGAAGUGAUGGGCCAAUCUUAUCCUAGUAAAGCGGCAUUGUAAUAGCAGAUUUUAAUAAUGACUGAAGCCUAUCAAUUGACUUCUGAAAAUUAGAUUGUUAAACUGUCAGAAUCUCACAAAUAAUUUAUUAAAGAAAUAUUGAUUCAUCAUCCCAAAGCAGAUGAAAAAUUGAAAUGUAUGCUAGAUAUUGGAUAUGGAUACUUCCCAUCCAAAAACAAAUCGAAAUGUUUCUAUAUUAUUAAAAAGGUAAUAGAUUAAAUCAAUAUAUUUAGGAUAAUUCAUAUGAGGAUAUUUCAUAUAUCAAAGGAAUUGAUGGAUUAUAUAAUAAUAUAUAUAGAGACAAAUAUUUUAAAAGUAGUAAUAAUAUUCAUUCUGAUGCUGCAAUUCAAAUUAUUAGUGAAAUCAUAUAAAUCUAUAAAUUAAGCAAGGAGAAAUUAUUAGAAACUCUUUCUGAUUUAUUUCCACAUAAGAAUCAAAGUGAAAUUCAUUAGAGAGUUUAUGCUACAAAUUGUAUGAAAUUAAGUGAUCGUAUUCCUGAACUUCGAUCUCGUAUCUUUAAAAUGGUUUAUAUUAAGAUUUUAUAAAUUGAUUCUGAAAUUAAAUAUGAUCCAUAAUGUAACAAUUUCAUUAUUAAAACUACUUUAUAAUAACAUUUAAAUAAAAAACAUAGAGAUGACAUGUGUAAGAAAGUAGAUCAUUUAUUAUUUAUAUUAUUUGAUUAUUUGGAUUCUAAAUUAGGAAUUGCCAAUAAAAGUAUAUUCUAAAUAGAACUUAAUGAAGAUUUGAUAUUCAAAAUAUUUAGAGAGUUAUAAUCAGUAUUUUAAGAGAUCAUGUUAAAAAAUUAAUAUUACAGAAUGGCUCAUUAUGUAUUUCUAUACUUUUGUUCUCUACCUAACUCUUUAUCAAGAAUCAAUUAGUUAUUUCUCUCAUAAUUAGUCUAAAAUAUAAGAUCUGUAAUAUAUUAAUAUUAUAAUAUAGAAUACACUCUCAAAAACUGAAAAAAUUAAUUCUCUUUAUUAUUUGUCAUCCUUAUUGGUUAGAUGUAAUUCUAUAAAGAGUACAGUUUUUGUAAAAGCAGUUGAAUUAUUAUUGGAAUAUUUAAAUGAUAAAUCUUAAUAGAUAGAAAUUGAAUUAGAACAUCAUCUAAUAUAAAUGAUGAUAUUUUUAAUAUCUACUAAAUCUACUUAAUUAGAAUCUCUAAAAAAUUAAAUUCAUGAAACAAUACUUAAAAAAAGUUCAACUUUAUAAUAUAUUCAUUAUGAUAUAUUGGUAAAAUUCAAUGAAGUUUUAUUGAGAUCUAAAUCAGAUGAUUUGAGAUAAAAACUCAUAGAAAUAACUGCAAAUACAAUAUCAAAACAUAUUGGCAAUAAUUGUUAAGGAGAUUUAAUAACAAAUUAUCAUAGUCCAAAUACACCUUAAAAAUUGAUAUAUGAUCAUGAAAGUCUAUUCUCUAGAACAUCAACUUAAAGAACAGUAGUACAUAGAAAUCAAUUAGAUUUUUAUUAACCAUUCAAUAGUAUGACUUUAAUUUAUUCUGAACCUUUUAUUAAAGAAUUCUAUAGAUAUGAUUAAGAAUUAAUAAAAGAUGAAGGUGGUUCAUUAAAUGAUAGUCGUGUAGAAGAAAAAAGAAUCCCUCAAUUUUGUGAGACAGAGAAACCAUAAAAAAAAGUUAAAUAAUGAAU